GCGGGGCCGGGCAGGGCGCCCGGCGCAGGCAGGACCGUUAGGCGCCAGAUGUUUGGCAGCCGAGCGCGGAGGAAGUGGCUGCCGGGACGGGCGGACGGACGGGGAGCGGCCCGAGGCCCCAGCGCUGCGCCAUGCCCCCGCCCGCGCCGCCCGCCGCGCCGCCGCCCGGGCCGCCCGCCCGCGGGCCGCUGAGCCUGCACCGGCCCUUCCUGCGCAGCCCGCUGGCCCCGCUGCGCCUGGGGCAGCUGCUCCUGGGCGCCGCCUGCUGGGGCACGGUGGCGGCGCACAAGUACGAGGGGGCGGCGCACUUCGCGCUCUUCGCCGCCGUGCUGGCCUGGCUGCUGGCGCUGGCGCUCUCCGGCCUCAGCCUGCUGGGGCGCUGGGCGCUGGUGCCGCUGCUGGGCGCCCGCUGGCUGCUGACCAACGCGGCGCACGACCUGGCGCUGGGCGCCGGGCUCUACGCGGCGGCCGCGGGCGUCAUGGGCCACAAGGCGGCUCGCCACAGCUACUGCAGCCUGCCGGGCUACAGCCAGCCCUGCCUCUACCGCGCCUACCUGGCCGCCGCCGCCUGCGCCGCGCUGGCCGCCGCCCUGCACCUGCUCUCCGGCCUCUACUGCCUGGCGCGCCGCUGCCGGGGCCACCGCGACAUCGUCUGACAUCCGCGCCAUCCGCCAGGGACGGAGCCCCCCGGGACAGACGGACGGACAGAGCCCCUCGGCCCCGCCAGCGACGGAUGGCCCCCGGGACAGACCGACGGACAGAGCCCCUCGGCCUCCACCAGGGACGGAUCGCCCCCAGGACAGACCGACGGACAGAGCCCCUCGGCCUCCACCAGGGACGGAUCGCCCCCGGGACAGACCGACGGACAGAGCCCCUCGGCCUCCACCAGGGACGGAUCGCCCCCGGGACAGACCGACGGACAGAGCCCCUCGGCCUCCACCAGGGACGGAUCGCCCCCGGGACAGACCAAGCCCCUCGGCCUCCACCAGGGACGGAUCGCCCCCGGGACAGACCGACGGACAGAGCCCCUCGGCCCCGCCAGCGACGGAUCGCCCCCGGGACAGACCGACGGACAGAGCCCCUCGGCCUCCACCAGGGACGGAUCGCCCCCGGGACAGACCAAGCCCCUCGGCCUCCACCAGGGACGGAGCCCACCCGGGACAGACCGAGCCCCUCGGCCCCGCCAGGGACGGAUCGCCCCCGGGACAGACCGACGGACAGAGCCCCUCGGCCUCCACCAGGGACGGAUCGCCCCCGGGACAGACCAAGCCCCUCGGCCUCCACCAGGGACGGAGCCCCCCCGGGACAGACCGAUGGACAGAGCCCCUCGGCCUCCACCAGGGACGGAUCGCCCCCGGGACAGACCGACGGACAGAGCCCCUCGGCCUCCACCAGGGACGGAGCCCACCCGGGACAGACCGACGGACAGAGCCCCUCGGCCUCCACCAGGGACGGAUGGCCCCCGGGACAGACCGACGGACAGAGCCCCUCGGCCUCCACCAGGGACAGAUGGCCCCCGGGACAGACCGACGGACAGAGCCCCUCGGCCUCCACCAGGGACAGAUGGCCCCCGGGACAGACCGACGGACAGAGCCCCUCGGCCUCCACCAGGGACGGAUCGCCCCCGGGACAGACCGACGGACAGAGCCCCUCGGCCUCCACCAGGGACAGAUCGCCCCCGGGACAGACCGACGGACAGAGCCCCUCGGCCUCCACCAGGGACGGAGCCCACCCGGGACAGACCGACGGACAGAGCCCCUCGGCCUCCACCAGGGACGGAUCGCCCCCGGGACAGACCGACGGACAGAGCCCCUCGGCCUCCACCAGGGACGGAUCGCCCCCAGGACAGACAGACCGACCGACCACUCCCGGCCUGACGGCUCCCCUAGCUAGGCAGGGACCCGCAGCCCCCAGACACAGGGACCCCCCGCCCCGGAGGACGGACAGACACAGGCUAGUCUCAGCCAAAGAACCCCAGCCCCGAUUGCCCAAAGGUGGGGGCUGCUGGCCCUCGGGCUCCCCCCUUCCGGCUCUCACAGGUGGGUGCUGGCUCUGGGUCUCCGCUCACUCGCUCUGCAGGGGGCGGCUGGGCACGGGGAGCCUGGGCUGUGGGGCUGGGACAGGAGGGAGCAGGCCCCCAUGGCUGUCAGGGAGGGAGGGGAGUUCAGGGCCAGGGGCUGCUCUGGCACCCCAGGAGCCCCUCCUAGCACCCACUGCCCAGCCAGGAUGAGCUUCCCAGGAUCAGCCCCUCCCCAGGCUGGAAACGCCCAGGGAGAAGCCCUGAUCUAUGAGAACCGACUGCCCAGAGACCCCCCAAAGCUCCCUAGUGGGACCCCCUGCUGUGCUCUGAGACCUCCCCCCCUCCCAGGGGCUGAGCCCUCACUCUCCCCUGCCCCCACAUGCAGCCCCUGCUCCUGCCCCAUCCGCUCAGGGACAGAACUGUGCCCCCAGAUGCGGCCCCCUCCUAGGCUGGGCGGGUGGCAUGUGGCGGGACGGGGAGUCGAGUGCCAGUCCAGAGCCACCACCCUUUCCCCGGCCACACAUUCCCAGGGAGUGAGGCCCCAGCAGGGCAAAGCCCUUGUUCACUGCUGCUGCCCAUGCCCAGCCCUGACUCAUGGAUGCGGGCGGAGGGAGCAGGGGCUGGGCCAUGCAAGAUGUUCCAGGCCCGGGUAUGUCAGGGCAGCCUGGGAGCCCCCUUCAGCUCAGCCUCCUGCUCGGGGGUGUGCCUCUCCCUAGUGCCCUUCUCUUUGCAGAGGCCACGCAGCCCCUGGCAAACUGUGCACAGGGGUCUCCCCACCUGCCAGGGAAGUGCAGCUACCUCUGGGGUGGCAUGCAGCCGUUGUUUAACCCCAGUGCAGCUGGAGAGGGCGGGAAGUGAAAGACACUGUGCCCAGCUGACGUUGCAGGGUGGGACGGAUUUGAAGUUGGUGGAAUUUAGCCCAAUAAGGAAAUUCAAGGGAAAGACAGGCAGGUUUCGUAACCAAGCAGAGACCCGCCGAGACGAGACGGCUCCACCUUCGGAAGAUCCCCCGUGGAGGGCCCCUCCGGCAGGGCAAGCCAGGCCUGUACUGCUUGGGGUGCAAGGGAAGUGCUGGCCUCCCUGCUCCGCGGGCUGAUUCCACGGGCGGUGACUCAGGGCCGUGCCCCCGGCCCCUGGGCAGCGGCUGUGCCAAGGCGUUCUGGGCAGCGCAGAGGAGCCCCCGGGCAAAGGCGCAGCAAGUGCCUUAGAUUUUUUACAGACUUUCACCCUGGUGCCAUCGAUGCGGCGCUGCUCUUGCCCCUGGAGCUGGGCGGGCAUGACGUGCCCUGGGCGCUGUGAGCUGGACUGGCAGCGGGAGCCCAGCGCUGCGAAGGAGGCAGAGAGCGACUCUGGAGACGCCGCGGCUGGGGGCUGUGCCUUGUUCCAGGAGCGCUGCCCCCUCCCCCCACGUCUGUACCCAUCUCUCAGGCCCCUGGUUUUCCCGGGCCUGGUGACCUCGCUUGGCUGCAACCCGGUGAAGUGCCUUUCACCCCAGCGACCUCCAGAGCUCUCUGCGAAGGCAUGGGGAGCCAGGGGGUGGAUCAGCCUGGCCUGUGGCCCCCCACCCGAGAGCUGACAGCUCGGGGAACUUGACCGGCUCCAGCACACCCUCGGAAACCCCCAGCUCUGACUCCUCUCCUGACCCCUCCUCCAGCCACGAGGCCCCGGGGAUGGACUGGCUGCAAGGGCUGGAAUGGGGCUGCCAGCCAGGCCCGGAGGAAGCUACACUUUGGAUGGAAUUGUGCUGGGAAAUUGGAGAUUGCUCUGAGCCCAGCCCCAGGCCCCCUGGGAAAGGCCAGCGGCUGCAGGCUCCCCCCCCACGGCCCUGGACGCCGGAGAAGCAGUGGCAGGACCCGAGGGAGGGAGUCGAGCCUGGAGUUUGCUGAGGAGCCUGCCCCAUGGCUCCCGUGCGCAGGGCCUGGUGCUGAGCUCGCUCCUGGGACCUCCGGAGGCUGCUUUGGGCUGGAGGGAGCAGGCGAGGACCCCAAGAAGGACUGGGGAGCUGCAGCCUCCUCUCAUGGAGAGACCAGCAGCCCCAUGCUGCUCUGGGAGAGGACAUGGACUGGGCAGACGUGUUCCUGCCCCGUACAGCCAGGCUGGCUCCCCGUGUGUUGUGGACAGGCCCAGGGCUGCCUGGUGCCCGCCUGCCUUGUUCUCAGGCCGUGCCAUGAUGCUCGUGAAUAGCCAAGGCCCAGCGCACUGGAGAGCUGCGUGCCUCCACCAACCACUGCCUCCCUUUCCCCGGGCACGCCCUGCAUGCAGCCCCUGACUCCCAGCUGUGCCCCCAUCCCUGCCUUGGGGAGAUCCCACCCGUCAGCACAGGGCGUGCCGCGGGCACCACUGUCCUCCCCAGUUCCUGCGGGUCUUUCCCACCCUCCCUGCUGCCUGCAGCCAGACUGCUCGGCGUGUGGCCCCAGGGCCUGCUCUGCACAGCUGGGACAGGAGCUGGCCGCGCUGGGUAGCUGGAGAUGGAGCCCUGUGGCAGAGCCAGCCAGGUGCCCCUGGCCAUGCUGAAUGAGACCUCUAGGCUGCAACCUGCUGCUGCGGAGGAAGCUGGGUCCCCCUCUCACCCCGAUGCCCUGCCCAGGGACGGCACUGCCUAGAAGCAGGAGGCCCGCUGGGUUGGCCGGGAGGGGCUCUGUCCCUGGCGUGUUUCCCAGGCCCCUGGCCAUACAGCCCCCUCGCUCUGUCUGACUCGUGGGCCCAGCUGCACCCAGAUCUCUGUUGUUUGCUGUGGAUUCACCUUUUUAAAUAAAGGGUUGCUGGUACGA